GUGAAGGUCGUUAACUGGCGUACGUCCUUUUGACCGUCAAGGUCAUAACUGGCGUCAACCUUCACAUUCCGUCUAUGUCUUAUGUCUGAAGGUUCGUCUAUAUUGUCGUGUGGGCCUAAAAGACAAUAUGGCACACUAGAAUCUACAACUACACCUCAAAAUGCUCACAAGUUAUACACAGUUAAACCUGGAGAUACUCUUGUCUCAAUUGCAGUUCAAAAUGGUACAACAGUGCAACGUUUAAGAUGGAUAAACCGCUUAUGGAGUUCUGACAUCUCUAACAUAACUACACUCAAGAUUCCUGUGAAAUCUCAAUCAGAAUCAACCAGUUUUAGUGGAACAAACUCAAUAGAGUUGUGUCCUGUCAAGAAAAAAAUAGAAACGGAAAAUGAAGAUGCAUUGCAAAUAGCUUCCGCCAGUCUUUAUUUUAAAGAACUCUCAGAAAGGGUUGAAAAAGCUAAGGAAGAUGCUUCUCGUUGUCUAGAGAAAAGCAGAAUUCAUGAAAUUAUGGCUGAUUGUGAUCCUACCGGUCGAGAUUGUUACAUUCUACCGCGUUUAUCAAUGACUGAUGAAACUGUUGUCAUGGUAACAUCACCUAAAACGUCUGGAAUGAAUUCUUCGUCUUUUUCUUCUUCUUCUAACAAUAAUGUUCCUACUCACCACCAGCGUAGUUCAUUGUGUACAAUCUCUACAAAUAGCCUUCAUGAUCCUUGUUAAUAAUAAUAUUAAUGAUAAUAAUAUGAUCUUUUGAUUUUACUCCCUUCAGUGCAAUCAAGUAUAUACACACACACACUCACACAUACAUAAAUACUUACAUACAUACAUACCUAUAUGCCUUUAGGUAUGCCGCUGACUUGUAAUUUGUGUGAUUCCCCCAAUUACUUCCGUGUAUUCUAUUAGUUCUUCAACUUCAUAUUUUAGUAGUAUGUACAUUUUCUUUUAUUUUUAUUUCCACUUUAGUCAGUUAGAUAAUAAUAAUAUCUACAGAUAUUUCUCUAUAAUAUGCAUGUGUGA